GCAUGUCGCAAAGGUGCGCUUGAUAUUGUGCGUCUCCUUGUGAGUCAUGGAGCAGAUAUCGAAGCUCCUGACCGCAGCCCAUUGUAUAUCGCGAUGUUCCAUGAUCGCUUCGACGUGUGUCGAUAUCUAAUUGAGCAGGGCGCGAACGUCAACGCACAGACAUCCCUGGGGAAGACAGCCUUACAUGUAGCAGUCAGGAAGGAGCAGACAGAUAUAAUCCGACUCCUGAUCGGACAUGGAGCCGACAUUAGCGCAAGCGACGAAUUCGGCUUCACUGCGCUACACGUGGCCAUCCGAUUUUGCGCAGUUGAAAGCGCAGCCAUUCUCUUGGAAUCCGCUGCAUCAAUGACUUGUACGGAUCUUUCCGGCAGGACACCUAUAGACUUU